CAUGGGGGGAAAAUGACAUUAACCCCAAAUUAACUCGUACACCAUAAACCCUAGACCAGAAACACCUCUCAAAACCCUGCGAAGGAAAGAAGAAAUUCGCACACGCAUCAAUGGCGAGUCGACUUUCCUCUCGGACUCUUCGUCGCUGCCUCCAUUCCUUCAAAUCCCUAACGUCAUUGUCUCAGACCAUAGCCCGUACCCCAACCCACCUCCACCGAAUCGUCGUCCAGAAGCCCGCUAAUCACAGAUUGGGCAACCAUUUGACGGCUUUCCGAGAUCCUUCCUCGUUCGCCCGGAAUUUUUCCUCGAAGCACACUGAUAGUGAGAAUGAUGAAGAAGACGACGAUGAAGAUGAAACUGAGGAUGAAGAUGACGAUGAAGAUGGGGAUUACGAAAGCCAAGGAGAGGAAACUGGGAGUAAUCGCCAGAGCGUUGUUAUGUCAGAAGAGGAAAAAUUACAGGAGGCUGCUGAAAUCGGGUACUCGGUUGUUGGUCCGCUUGAGCGGUCGGAUCGGGUUUUCAAACCUUACGAGCCUGUGUUUGCAGUUGUUCAGAUUGGAUCGCAUCAAUUCAAGGUGUGCAACCGUGAUAGCAUAUACGUAGAGAGGCUGAAGUACUGUGAUAUUAAUGACAAGUUGGUCCUCAAUAAGGUUCUUAUGCUUGGUUCAGAGACGCAAACAAUCAUUGGUCGGCCAAUUUUGCCUGAUGCAGCUGUUCAUGCUGUUGUCGAGGAGCAUGCCCUAGAUGCAAAAGUGAUCAUAUUCAAGAAAAAAAGAAGAAAGAACUAUAGAAGAACGAAAGGUCAUCGUCAGGAAUUAACUAAGUUAAGGAUUACGGAUAUACAAGGGAUCGAGAAGCCAGAACCGGUUACACCUUUGAAGAAAGAGAAGAAAGAAAAGAAAGAAAAGGUGGCUGUUGAAGCGUAAUAAAUAUUUCUGAGCUCAGAAUGGUAGGCUGUUUUUCAAUUACUUUUAAGAACACGUCUCGUUUAGUCCUGACCUUUUCUUGUUUCAUUUCUUACCCAUUUUUGCCCAAGAGCUGAAAGCUGAAAUAGCAUUUGAAUUUGCAUGUGGCUUCUAUUUGAGACGCUUUUACUUUAUUUACGUUCUUAUUAGUUAGCCGUUGUAAGUAAGGGCUGUUUCAUGAAAAGAAAGGGCCACAAAUCACUUUGUUGUAGGAUUGGCAAAUUGAGUUUCGAGGUUCUGUAUUUAGUAGUGGAAAUAAUGUGGACUUGUUUCGAGUAAACGUUUUCCUUGAAAAAGUCAUGGUGUUUACUAAAUACCGAGUUUAUUCUUGAUUUUGGUGUUGUAGGCUCGUUGUCUAAUGGAUUUUAUUGAAGAUUGUUCUUUUUUA